AUGUACGAUUAUCAUAUUCGAUUGGGAUGUCUGCAAAUUGCACCUGAGUACGAAUAUACAAACCAUUGUUUUCAGGAUCCAAGGCAAUUGUGGAAAAGAGUGAUGGUGCCGAUUGCGAUUAUAAUUGUUAUAGUUUAUGCUACCAUGGUAUUUAUUAGCAGCAUUGCUUUCCCAUAUACAAGGAUAAAGAUUAAACCCCGUAUGCUCUUCAGUUGGAAUUUUACACCAUUGAAAGCCCAAGAGUUGACUAUGUUCACAAAGUGUUUGAAAUAUGGAAGUAAUUCGAUCUAUCCAAAAUCAACUACAGUGGAUUCUUCUCGUCUUAUGGGUGACUUCCUUUCUCUCCUGUCUCUUUUCCAGAUUAAUUACCAUUCUCUCCACAAAGCUCAGACUGGCUCCGUUCACCGAAACCUGCUGACAUUUCUUGGAAACUAUUUUAGCGGUGGACUAUAUCUUACAAAGCGCUGUCUCAGUUGUGCAAAGUCCUAUAAUAGAGGGUUCCUCCACCGCUGA